AUGACUGCUCUCAAAACUGCAGAUGAGCUCUACAAUGAUCUUAAGAGCAAGGAAAUGCUUCAGGGUUGGGAUAUGCUGAUCGCAUAUCGCCAAAAAGAAGUGAACGAGAUGCUCGUAGCCCGACACACUGAAAUUCUCUCCAAAAAUCCAGCUUGGAACUUAUUCUCUUUCGAGGUUCCCUUCGAUGAUGAAGCAACGCACGAGAAGAAGAUUAAGAAAUACGAUAUUAAAUAUGAAACACCGACACUGUCCUUCCUCAGCUCUAAUCCACAGCAAAUCCAGCUGUUGUUCAAAUGCUCCGGAUCAUGGGUAGUCAAUCAAGUUGGUGCCAAUCCCUGGAUCUUCCCGGACGAUUGCUACAUGCGGUGUGUGACCGAUUUCAUUCACGUUGUGGGAGAUGUCGGAGCCGGUGACAUGAAGCCGGCAACGAGCAACCAAGUCGGCCUAACGGAAAGCGGAACGACCAACCAGUCUCACGUAGCCAUCAAUCUUCCCAAAUGUGUUGCCCAAUUCGUGAACGGUAAGGGAGAACCCAUCAUUGCUAUGAACAUCGGUGGAGGCGACAUCGCCCUCCGAGACUUCAUUUCCAGAUGGGGCUUCAAGUACCACCUCACGGGCGUUUCGACAACCGCCCCAGACGCGACGACUACAAAGCUGAUUCCGAAGCAAUUCGUCAUGACGCUAUAUAUCGGAAACGACGCUGAGUCCUCGGCGCUUCUGAUGUGGAUCAACUUGGAAGGAUUGAAUAUGGCCGGACACAUGCCAGACAAGAAGCCCGACAACCCCGGAGCCCCAAAUCAGCUGCCAUCGCAAAGCAGACAGUCCACAUUAUUAUUCACGUUGGAUGGCCAAAACGAGAUCUUUCCGCUGCCGAAAGACAGCAAUGCUGCAGUCUACAUUUCUUACGAUGCAUUUUUUGUGAAACUGAUUAGGGAUCAUAUGACUGCAUCGGGAUACAUGAACAUUGCUGUUGAAGCGAAGGGAGCGGGAACAGAAGGUAUGGUAAUCACUGCCAACCCUCCGUCUACAACAGUCACCUGGCCAGCAUGGGCACCAGAUGGCACGGAGAACAACAACGGCGAUAGGCACUGUGAUGGCUGUACAUUUGACCUGAAGGAUACGACUUUGACAAUCGAACUCAGCAAGAAGUCCCCAAAGCUCUCAUUAAGCCAUACUGUUGAGAACAUCAAGACCUGGAUUGUCAGGUGGAAACGCAAUCACACAAUUGCUGCUGACACCGUCAGUAGCAGUGACCUAUACCGCAAUGACGAAACCGGCCUACUGACAUUCAAUUUCAGCAUCGCGGCCACCGGAUUGUGGAAAAACGCUGGGAACAAUGAGAGGUUCAAGCUUGAGUUCAACCUGAGUAAUAACUGGGGCGUGGGCAUCAGUAAUCCUAACUGGAAUGCCUCGUCGGGGCUGCACCAGUGGUGGUCGAAAUGGUUUGGCAAUGCGCUUCCUGGCUUGCCUAAGGGUAUGGUCGAUGUCACAGUAGCCCUACCGGACCUACACACCGACUUCAAGGCUAUUGACUAUUUCCUUGAGACUAACUUGCUAUUCCCGGGUCAGCAUGUGUUCCAGCCUGGCUCGAUCCCAGACGGCUUGUACUUCCCACACGACUUUGUCGUCACUGGUAACGUACAGAAGAAAUAA